AUGGGUAAAUCUCACGGUUUAAGAUCUCGUACUCGUUACAUGUUCCAACGUGACUUCAGAAAGCAUGGUACUAUACCAUUGUCUACUUACUUGAAGGUCUACAAGGUUGGUGACAUUGUCGAUAUCAAGGCUAAUGGUUCUAUCCAAAAGGGUAUGCCACACAAGUUUUACCAAGGUAAAACUGGUGUUGUCUACAACGUUACCAAGUCCUCUGUUGGUGUUAUCAUCAACAAGAUGGUCGGUAACAGAUACAUUGAAAAGAGAUUAAACAUUAGAGUCGAACACGUUAAGCACUCUAAGUGUAGAACUGAAUUCUUGGAAAGAGUUAGAGCUAAUGCUGCCAAGAGAGCUGAAGCCAAGGCCCAAGGUGUUCCAGUCCAAUUAAAGAGACAACCAGCUCAACCAAGAGAAGCUCACGUUGUUUCUACUGAAGGUAACGUUCCACAAACUUUAGCCCCAGUUCCAUACGAAACUUUCAUUUAA